GUCGCCAGAAUUUUCCGUCGAGUUCUUCAAGGCAGCUGCAUAGAUCACGUCCACUAGAGUCACGACGGACGUGGCAAAAAGCCUGCAUUCUGCCAUUUGCCAGCCAACACUCAGCAUGAACUCGAUCAAGUCACGUCGCCGCUCGCUCUCGGAGAGCUGCAAGUUCGCAUACCUGGCCACGCAGGCCGAGCACGUCGAGAAGCCGCAUGCCUUCAUGCUAGCGCCCGAGGAGCCCGUGGACGACCACCACCCGCUCGUGCUCUCGGUGCAUCAGGGCGGAGAGAGCCUCGCAGCGCUGGAAUAUCGCUCCAAGUCCGAGAGCUUCAUCUGCACGGCGCAGGGCAUCGUUUUCCAGGACACCAAGUGCCAAAAGUACCACUCCAAGCUCGACAGACUCGUGGCAUUGGCCAACUCGUCCAGCACGCAGAGCAACGUGCUGCUCGCCAAGAAGGCGCUCCGAUAUCGCAAAGUACUCGAACGCCGGUGCGUUAAGGCAUGAGCGCGAAGUCUCGAGUCUGUCUGCGCCAGGAUGCUAGAGAAUGCAAGAUCUCGCAUGUUCCUCGUUUGAGUUGCUUGUUGAAGCAGCUGUCAUGUUUAAUGAAGUCUCACGAGCUAGGGGAGUGAGGAUUCUUGAUGUAGUUUACCGUAUUGAUGGAAUAGCCUGUAGCUAUAUAUUUAACGAAGAGAAAAUCACAGCGAACAGCAUGAACCUGUGGUA